AUGGCGUUCAAAGCAACAAGAUACUUCGUGCUAAUCGUCGCGCUUGUCUUAGCGGGUACAAGGUACAUGAACACACAAAGAAAACGAACAAAUGUGAACAACGAAAUCGGCGUAUGGGACAGCAAGGCGAAGGACGGGAGGCGGUUUACUGUUGUUACUCGGUCAAACGAAACUGAUGGACAAUUCUUCCUCGUUCACGCUUACUGCACCGCGAAAGCCGAGUUCGGCGGUAUCGGACGGGUGAACCCCAUGCAGCUAGUGCUGCUCUUCGCCGAGUACGACAUGACGCUGGCGGAGCUGCCGCCGCAGCUGUGGGCUGCCGCCAGGAAGUUCCUGGUCCCGCUAGCCCGGUUGCUAGGGUUUCGGAGCCGAUAUUCCGAGUACGUGUCAAAGGCGGGACAGCCCUUGCCGGUGGAGCUGACAGCCGCGGCGGCGCCGGCGGUGGAGGUGCCUGCGACGGCGGCGGCGGCGGCGGUGGAGAAGGUAUCGGAGUCGGGCGGCGGCCUUGAGGAUGUGGCGGCGGCUGUGGAAGUGGAGGUGGACGUAGGGGAGGAGGAGGAGGAGAGGAGGAAGAUUGAGCUGUAG